AUGGUUUUUUUUGCAGCAUUAAGUGAUUUGGCUGUUGGAUUUGUUAAAAAAUUGGUUGGUUCUGGAGAUGAAAAGAAGCCUGAGGCUGCUCCAAGUCCACCACCAAUUAACAUAAGCAACACCAAUAAACUGGAACAAAGUCAAGAUCAAAGUCAAGAACAGCAGCAGCAACAAGAACAACGCCAAAAUCAAGAUCAAGAACAAUAUCAGGAUCAAAAUCAAGAUCAAGAUCAAGAUCAAGAAUUAGAGAAUGCUCAAAAUACUAGAACAAAUGCAAAUUCUACUAAUCAUAAUAAUGCGGAAUCUGUAAAUAGUAAUAAUAUAAAAUAUGAAAAUAAAAAUGAUAAAAGUGAAUUAUCAACUACUAGUAUUAUUGUAAUAGGAGUUUGUGUAGCUCUUUUUGUAUUUGCAAUAAUUGUUGUAGCUGUUAUUUUGACUAGAAAAAGAAGUUCAAAAAAAAUGGUUGUAAUUCAAAGUCCUAAUCAACCACCACCUUCAAAUGGAUAUUCUGUACCUUCUGCAAGUAGAUCUUCAUCCAGAAGUGCAGCAAGUUCCAAAUCAUCAAAAAAAACAUACUAUUGA